GUGCGACCUAGCAGCCAAUCAGAGCGCAGCUUGAAGGGAAAAGCCCGCGAAAAGAAAGCCCGGGAAAAAGAGCGACAUAGUCGGAGUCAGUCAGUGGAGAGAGCAGCUGCCUGUAACAUCGCCAUCAUGCCCCGAGACUACCAGGCCGAGAAAGAAAAAUUCAAGACCUUCCUACAGGAAUUCUACAAGGACGAUGAGUCGGGGAAGAAGAACUUCAAAUAUGGCACCCAGCUGACUAACAUUGCCCACAGAGAACAAGUCUCUUUAUACAUUGACCUUGAUGACCUGGCAGAAGAAGAUCCCGAGCUGGUAGAUGCCAUCUGUGAGAACACCCGCAGAUACACCAACCUGUUCGCAGAUGUUGUGCAGGAGCUGCUGCCCCAGUAUAAGGAGAAGGAGGUGGUGAAUAAGGAUUCCCUGGAUGUCUACAUAGAGCAUCGAUUAAUGAUGGAGCAGAGGAGCCACGACCCCACGGAGAUCAGGGACAUUCACAACCAGUAUCCCGCAGAGCUCAUGCGCAGAUUUGAGCUGUACUUCAAGGCUCCUUCCACCUCCAAAGCCAGAGUUGUCCGUGACGUGAAAGCAGACUGUAUCGGUAAACUUGUAACCGUGCGGGGAAUUGUCACCAGGGUCACAGAAGUGAAGCCCAUGAUGGUGGUAGCAACGUACACAUGUGACCAAUGUGGUGCCGAGACCUACCAACCUAUCCAGUCUCCAACCUUCAUGCCCUUAAUGAUGUGCCCGAGUAAGGAUUGUCAGACCAACCGCUCGGGCGGAAGGCUUUAUCUCCAGACCAGGGGGUCAAAGUUCAUAAAGUUCCAGGAGCUGAAAAUCCAAGAGCAUAGCGAUCAAGUACCUGUCGGUAACAUUCCCCGCUGUAUGACAGUCUUCGUCCGAGGAGAGAACACGCGUCUGGUGCAGCCUGGCGACCACGUCGGUAUUACUGGAGUGUUUCUGCCCAUGCUCAAGACUGGCUUCCGGCAAGUAGUCCAGGGACUGCUGUCUGAGACCUACCUGGAUGCUCAUCGGAUGGUGAAGAUGAACAAGACUGAGGAUGAUGAGUUGGGAACGGAAGAAUUGAGCGAGGAGGAGUUGCGGCAGAUCACAGAGGAUGACUUCUACGAGAAGCUUGCUGCGUCCAUCGCACCGGAGAUCUAUGGACAUGAGGAUGUGAAGAAGGCUCUGCUGCUUCUCCUGGUGGGUGGUGUGGACCAUUCACCCCGUGGCAUGAAGAUUAGAGGGAACAUUAACAUUUGCCUGAUGGGAGAUCCAGGAGUGGCCAAGUCUCAGCUUCUGUCCUAUAUAGACCGCCUGGCUCCUCGCAGUCAGUACACCACCGGAAGAGGCUCCUCGGGUGUCGGUCUCACGGCCGCUGUGAUGAAGGAUCCGGUGACUGGAGAGAUGAUGCUGGAGGGAGGAGCCUUGGUGCUGGCAGAUCAGGGAGUCUGUUGUAUUGACGAGUUUGAUAAGAUGAUGGAUUCUGACCGGACCGCCAUCCACGAGGUCAUGGAACAGCAGACCAUCUCUAUUGCCAAGGCUGGAAUAAUGACCACUCUGAACGCCCGCUGCUCUAUCCUCGCCGCUGCUAACCCGGCCUACGGAAGGUACAACCCCAAGAAGACUGUGGAGCAGAACAUCCAGCUGCCCGCCGCCCUGCUGUCUCGAUUCGAUCUGCUCUGGUUGAUUCAGGACAAGCCUGACCGAGACAAUGACCUCAGGUUGGCUCAGCACAUCACCUAUGUCCAUCAGCACAGCAAGCAGCCGCCCUCUCAAUUCGAGGCUCUGGAUAUGAAGCUCAUGAGACGCUAUAUCACCAUGUGCAAGCGUAAGCAGCCUGCAAUCCCAGAAUCCCUUGCGGACUAUCUGACUGCAGCCUAUGUGGAGAUGAGGAAAGAGGCCAGAACCAACAAAGACACCACAUUCACCUCGGCCCGAACCCUCCUUUCUGUCCUGCGACUCUCCACAGCUCUGGCACGGCUACGUCUGGAAGACGUUGUAGAGAAGGAAGAUGUCAAUGAAGCAAUGAGGCUAAUGGAAAUGUCUAAAGACUCCCUGCUGGGAGACAAAGGGCAGACGGCGAGGACCCAGCGACCGGCUGACGUCAUCUUCGCCACAAUCCGUGAGAUGGUUCCGGAGAAGGGUCAGCGCAGUGUCAAGUACUCUGAGGCCGAGCAGCGCUGCGUGUCUAAAGGCUUCACCCCCGCACAGUUCGAGGCGGCUCUAGAGGAGUACGAGGAGCUGAACGUCUGGCUGGUCAACCAGGCGCGCACCAAGAUCACCUUUGUGUGAGCCACAUCCACCACAGACUGUCUAUAACAAACUGCGACCCCCAAUACAUGACCCCUGUGACUGACCGCAGGCCCUGCCUUUGUAUAUUAUUGAGUGCUUGUUUUAAGCCCCUCUUUCGGAGGAGUGAGUGAGCUUUGUACGUUACAGAAUUAUUUCUCCUUUAGCUGCAUUUCUGUCUUUUUUUACUAUGGAGCUUAUUUCUGCACAGAUGGGAAUUGUGGACUCCGGAGAAAGUUCAAUAAAGAC